GACCAAUAGUCUGGGUCCACAGUCACGCUGCCAUGGCGCACAGCACGCCGACAUGAGCCAGCCCAUUGUGGUGCCGGGAGGACCUCCGGUGAACAUCAUCCUCUUGGGCCCACCCGCAGGCGGGAAGGGCACCCAGGCGAACUUCUUGGCGGAGCGCUUCGGCAUGGUCCACAUCUCCACGGGUGACUUGCUGCGGGCGCGGGCCAAGUUCCUACCCUCCUUGGCCGAGUACCUCUCCAGUGGACGCCUUGUCCCGGAUGACGUGGUGGUCUCGAUGCUCAAGGAGCGGCUCGCGGACAGCGACUGCUCCCGUGGGGUCCUGCUGGACGGAUUCCCCCGCACCCGCGCCCAGGCGGAGUCAUUGGAGAAGGCCGGCGUGAACAUUUCCGCUGUGAUCCAUUUGAAGGUGGCGGACGAGGUGGUGAUCGAGCGCAUCGCCGGGCGCCGCAUCGACCCGCUGAGCGGGAAGAUCUACCACGUCAAGGACAACCCCCCGCCGCCGGACGUGGCCCGUCGCGUUAUCCAGCGUGAAGACGAUACGCCUGAGAAGAUUCGCACCCGCCUGGUGACCUACCACCAGGAGCGUGAUGCUAUCCUGGACUUCUGCGGGAACCGGGUGAAGACCAUCCACGUGGGCGACGGCUCGCCAGAAGCACUUCCAGCAGACGUCCGGCCCAUGUGUGUCUUCGAUGAAGUCCGCAAGGCGCUAGAAGGAGACGCCUACUGGGGCUCGGUGAUCCGAUCAGAACUCAUUGCCAAGGCCUUCGAGUGCGGCACAUCCUCCAGCACCAUGGUCAGCUUGGCGCGGUUCUUCGAGCACGCGCGCUUCAGGCUGGUGCAGAAGGGCUGCUUAGCGGAUGCUGCUGCCAGCUCCGCGCAGGUGGUGCUGCGGUCGCAGAGCCUGCAGCUGGCCAGCACCUUGCAGCCCUUGGUCCACUACGAUCUCAGGACAUGGCUCGAGGAGGUGCGGAUGCAUUCGGUGCUGCUGGGCCACACCAUCUCGCGGCGUUCUUUGCGAGGCACCGAGACGGUGGCGGACGGCUGGGCGACGCUGGUCUUCCUCGACGGCCGCGGGAGGGCCAUGGAGGUGCCGGGCGCGGCUCAACUCCAAGACCUGGCCAUGAGCCGAGCGCCGAAGAGCUCGCGGACGAACCCGCCCAAGGCGUCCAAGACCCUGCCUGCGUCCAGCCAGGUGGCUGCGGAGCGGAUGGGCGAUGCACCCGGCAACUGCUGGCACCACGACAGCUGCGUGGCCGCGGUGGAUGUGGACUUGCGCGGGCGUGUGCACGAGGCAUCCUGCCUUGCCUACAUGGACCGCUGGCGCUUCCUUGCCGCGUGCAACGGCGGGUACCCACCAGAGCUGGAGAUGAGCAUCCUGCGGGCGCGCACUCGCCAGGCCUACGUGGCCUACAUGGGCUAUGCCGCAGCUGGCGACCGGAUCCAUGUACGAUCCUGGGCCAGAGCCACAGAGGAGGGCAUCUUGCUGGCCUUCGACGCCGCGAAGGACAGCAGCAGCCUGCUGCAAGGGUGCCUCCUGCUCAGCCAGGAGGACUUGAGCAAGUUGUGAGAGCGCCAGGCCGGAGGUCCAAAGCCAUCCGCGCGAACGGAUCCGAUCUGCGCGCCAGCGACUCGGAGGUCCCGUCCGGCCGAAAGGCCGCGGCAAAAACCGGGCCGCCGGAUCGAUCCGGCCGAAACGCCGCGGCGGAAAAAGGG